CGAGCCAAUCUCAAUUACUCUCCAUGGCUGCCACCAUAGCUUGGAAACCACUAUACUUCCUCCUCCCCUUCCUCCUACCUUUCCUCGCCUACUCCACCGGCCGUCCGAUCAUAGAGGGCGCGGGACUGGAGCAGGGCUGCGGCGUGGGAAGCGGGGGCUCGAACCACUGCCUUUACACGCUGCGCGUGCAAACGGGGAACCGGGUCAACGCGGGCACGGACUCGAAGAUAAGCGUUACCUUAGCGGGACCGGAUCACGUCCGGUACCACGUCCCGAACCUAGAGUCGUGGGGCGGAUUAAUGUGGGAUGGCUACAACUACUUCGAGAGGGGAUAUGCCGACGCCUUCGCCGGGUGCGGGACGUGCAUCACGUGGCCGCCCUGCUGGAUAAGGCUGACGUCGGACGGGAGCGGGUCCCAUCCCGGGUGGUUCGUGGACUUCGUGGAGCUGUGGGCCGCCGGGCCCGACUCCCAGUGCACCAAGCACCGGUUCGACUUCCACGUGUGGCUCGCGGCCGGAGGGGGGCACCAUCUCACUGCCGUGCGCGACAACUGCCGCCCACACACCGGCAACAACGGCGACGGCGAUGGCGACGGCAACGGCAACGGCAACGGCGUGGACGGCGAUGAGGAGAAGUGAGAUCGAGGCGCCGGCAGCGGUUAGCUUGUCUACGUACUGCUGCAUGCGUACUCGAUUUACUGCUGCUGUAUGCAUAUAUGAGUUUACUUUCUACGCACCACCGGCCCACUGAUGUGUCUUGGUAUCUAGUAAAAUAAAUGUGGACAAUAAAUAAGAUUUGGACUUAUUUACUCUAUUAUUA